AUGACGUGUGGUUCAAGCGUGGAGCAACUGCCGGUCGCUUGCUGGCCUAUGGGCUCGCCGGGUUACAGAACCUCUGCCGCCCCUGGCGCAACACUCACGACUCACACUCGUGACUCUGAAUCACGACUUGGUGUUUGGUUGGCGCGAUUCGGCAAGGCCUGUCAGCUUGCGAACUCGCGGCUCGACAAAUUUCCACUCCGCCCGUGCCCGCCCGUGGCCCUUCGUGCUCGGACCUUGGAUCUGUGGCAGCAGCCCAGCUGCCAACCAGCCACCUGCGGUCCUGCAGAUAUCAGUUCUAGACCAGUCUUGAAUUUAGCCGCGUCAGCCGCGCUACCCUCGUCAGCUCAACUGUCGCCGCUCGACACCAAGAUAGCAAAUCCUUUGAUCCGUCGAGGUUCGUGA